AUGGCAGCAGUCAAGCGCUUCUUCUCUUCCCCCCGCUUUGCGGUGGCGGGGGCCAGCAAUGACGCGCAUAAGUUCGGAUACAAAAUCCUUGCCUGGUAUCAUCAACACUCACUGCCAGUGACGCCACUCAACCCCCGAGCAGCGCAGAUCACCCUCCCCUCGCGUGCUUACGAUACGGUCCCCUCACCGGCCAGUUUGCCAUCCCCGACGCAGACCUCCCUGUCUGUGGUGACUCCUCCGGCUGUGACCCUCCAGCUGCUGCAGGAAGCCUACACAGUGGGGAUCCCUGCAGUCUGGUUGCAACCAGGUACCUUUGACGAUCAAGUUCUGGAGUACGCUCAUAGCCACUUUGAGGCGGUGAUUGCCGGAGAUGGAGGACAGGGCAGCGAGGGAUGGUGUGUGCUAGUUGAUGGUGAUGAAGGACUGGAGGCUGCCGGAGUGCAAUGGACCAGUCAGAGACUGUAA